AUGUCACAUCUUUACAAUCCUCUGGCAACGGCUCAACAAUUAUACCAGAAUGCAUCUAACAAUAGACUCCCGGCCGAACUUCAAGAUAGCAUUCGAUUCUACACCGCGCGACUUACACAAGCCGCAGGCAUUCUCCUUCGACUUCCCCAGGAUAUCACAGCUCAAGCGAAUGUUCUUCUCUAUAGAUAUUGGCUCGUAGAUAAUUUGAUGCAAUAUGAGUUCAGUGUGAGUGAUCAAUUGACAUUCUGUAUGCCAUGAAUUUCAUGAAAUAACAUUUCCAGGACGUAUCAGCAGCCACCCUCUACCUAGCCGCCAAAGUUUCCGCCUCUCCUCGUUCUUUUCGCAGCAUAACAAAUGUAUAUGCCUACCUCCUCUCUCAAUCCGCGUCUCUCACAGCUUCUGAAAUAUCUAAAAAUGAUCCCUCAUCCUACUAUCUUUCCGAAUCUGCCUAUGUCACCUACCGCACACGACUUCUCAAUAUUGAAGGCCAAAUCCUGAAUGCUCUGAGUUUCAAUACGCACGUCGCUCUUCCACAUCCUCUUGCGAUUACUUACCUGCAAACUCUCGAUGUUUUUUCAUCAGCACAUAAAAAGGGUAGCGGGAAAGAAGUCGCCAAGAAAACAAUACAAUACCUGAAUACAGCGUUUCUGAGUCCGCAGAUGCUAUAUUUAACACAUCAACCAUGCGCAUUAGCAGUGGCAGCAAUAUAUUUAGCGGCCAAAGAAGAGGGUGUCAAAAUGCCAGAGGACGAAUGGUGGGAGGUAUUCGAUGUUGAUAGGGAAGAAUUGGGAUUUCUGGUAGUAGGGAUGAGGAGUUUAGAAGGGGUGGCACGGAAAGGAAAAGAAAUAUUUGGGGAGAAAAUGAUGGUUAGUAGACAUGAUAUUACAGAGGAAUUAGGGAAUAGGGGGCUGGGCCCGAGUAAUGGUACGAGUAAUGGUCAUAACCAGAAGGUUGAGGAGGAGGAUGAAAUGAUGAGAUUGAUGGAUGAGAAGAUGGAAAAUUCUUGAAGUUUAUGAAAAGCGGAGCUCAGGCUUGUAGCUCAAGGAAGAAGUGGACCAUUGUCCGGCGCGGAAGUCAAUAAAUAGCCUUCGAACAAACGGAAUUGUAGCUGUCGAACGGCUUACCUAUUGCUUCAACUCAAGGGAACACCAGGACAUUCGACAAAAGCUAUACUCUUCUCAGCGAUACCCAAAACCACGCAUAGGGCUGAGAAGAAGGAUCAGCACACACUUUGAGACUUGGCUGGCUUACAAUUUGGCUAGAGGAUAGCAGGCGAAAUCGGGCAAGUGCUUUUGCUCAUUCAGAGAAAU